AUGCGUUUAUUCCACCAUCGCCUAAUGAAUCAUCUCGGUGUGGUAAAACCUGAAAUUGAAGACACUUGGGACUUCGAAGGAGCCAUUAGAUUGCUCCAAGAAGCUGCCGCAGCUGGUCUCAAACAACUAGGUUCGACUCCUGGCAGCAGUACUUCAAACACAGUCACUUCUUCAGCAACUGUCAUUCCAAGCACUCCAUCAAAUUAUGCAACCACCACAACUAUCUCUGGAGAUCAGACCAGUAUCAACUCGAAUUCAGAGCAAACUCAAUCUGAGUUGACAGAACUGCUGAAUAUCCCAACGCUUUUGCUUCCUGAAGGUGUUGGUGAUCCGGAAUCAGGUGCCGCUGGGCCCCCUUCAGCUGUCAAAGCCAUCUGGAACCUUGUCUCUGGAUCCAACGGAUCUGAUAAAGAUGGAAAUCUUGGUGAAAAUGGAACAUCCAGGCAAUUGGCCUUAGGUGGACCCGAGUCUGUACAUCUGCGUGGAAGAAAACUUCACCAAUUAAUCCUGGAGACGGUCUGUGACUGGGCAAGAAGCUCAAUAAUCGAGGAUGUGGAAUUAAUCCGACAGAUGUUCUUCCUUCUCUUCCGUCAGUAUGGAGCUCUCGACGAGCUUCGUCAAGGACUGACACGAACAUAUGCUAUCGGAAAUCGAUCCAAAGAGGAUGUCUCAAGACUUCUACGUUCUCUCGGCCGAAUUAGAUGUCUUCUCGGAGUUCAAGUUGGGGCGAAUGAAGAAGUGCUCUUGAAGAAUUGUCUUUGGGACAUAAUGAAUAAUAACGUCUUCUUCCAACAUCCCGACCUGAUUCGAGUGUUAGCUGUCCACGAGACAGUUAUGCAGCUGAUGGUGCACACACUUUCCAAAGCCUCCCUCGACUCACCCUCACUUGCCGCUGCAACUGCUGCCGCCACCGUAACUGCAGUGAAUUCCACCACUUCAGAUCUCCAGCGUCCGCGCUCUGUCUCCCCGAAUGCAGAGGUUACUCAUAGACGCAGGCAAGGUUCUACUGGUGGCUCAAUUCUACCUGCGGUCGUGGAGGAAGGAGAAGAAACGACACUAAACGGUAAGACAACCAAUGGAAAAGCGGCACUGCAAUUAUUGGCUAAUCAGACAGCCAAUCAUCGUCCAUCUAUUAAACCCUGUAUAAGCAAUUCUAUUGUCAACGGAAUGACUUGCCACUUUGACUCAUCCUUCAGUCUGAGUGCCAGCGGCUUUAAUUCCUAUGGUCGUGACGACGCAUGCUUUUGUCUAGUAGGCUCGAAUGUGGGUCGUAAUGUGACAGUGGGUCCGACGGAAAUGGUUGUUCAAUGUUGUCGUUUCCUCUGCUACUUCUGUCGAACUUCUUGGCAGAAUCAAAAGGCCAUGUUUGACCACUUGAGCUACAUGCUCGAGAACUCUUCCAUGCUUCUAGCUCGUCCAAGCUUGCGAGGCAUCUGUCCAUUGGAUGUCGCCUACUCCUCCCUAAUGGAUAACAACGAAUUAGCUCUCGCUUUGCGCGAAAAGCAACUGGAGAAGGUCGCAGUCUACCUCUCUAGAUGUGGUGUACAAUCCAAUGCAGAGUUACUCACCAAGGGAUACCCGGACAUCGGGUGGGAUCCCGUCGAAGGUGAACGUUUCCUAGACUUCCUUCGAUUCACUGUCUGGGUCAAUGGUGAGAGCGUGGAAGAGAAUGCUAAUCUAGUUGUUCGUCUGCUAAUCCGUCGUCCAGAGUGCUUGGGUCCAGCUUUACGAGGUGGAACGAAGACCCAUUCCUCGCGUCGUCAGCGUCUGAAUUCGCAGACAGUAGGCCAAUCAGGGUCUGGUGGCGCCGCGGGAACCACACAAGAAGGUCUGGACCAGCUCUCCCCUCCUGGAAGUCCUGAAAUAACAGGUGGUUCUGGUGGUGUGAAUAGUUCUGGAAGUACUGUAGGAGGUGGUGCUGAUGAUGCUCACUCGACUACAGCAUCUCAGGCCAAUGUAUCAUCUUCCUCAGCUGGAGGUGGUUUACUAAAAGGUAUCAAGGAAGGCAUCAUUAUGUCUGCUCAAAUUAAACUCGUCAAAAUGGCCAUGGACGCUGAAGCCCAAGGCUUGAAUCCGGAAGAUGAGGAUAUGGGAUGGCGAACGGUACUGAUGGAUUAUGAAGACUGCAAUCUGUUUGCUCCGUUGCCUUACAAUUUCAGCAAUCUUCCGCCCGAAGAAGAUGAAGACUACGUUGAUCUCGGUGCAGCCAUCCUCACCUUCUACUCGGUACUUGUUGAUCUCCUUGGUCGUUGUGCACCUGAGUUAGAUGCUUCAAAGAGCGAAUCUGUGAGAGGCCGAGCUAUCCUUCAGUCACUUGUUACAAUGCAAGAUUUGGAAGGUGUUCUCUCCCUGAGAUUCAUUCUUCCUCCGCCUAAACUUGAGAUGCAGGCACGUUUACUCCCUGAACAUAAGGCAGCCGUCGUUCUCUUCAUGGAACGGGUAUACGGCCUCUCUGAUCCUGACACUUUCGUGCGUCUCCUUGAAAACGCCUUCCUACCUGACAUGCGUGCUGUCACAUUACUUGAUUCCGCUCAACGUGGUGUAACAGCUAGCGACAUGACCUUGGCACUAAAUCGAUACAUUUGCGGAUCGGUGUUACCCCUUCUCACCCGCUACGCUCACUUCCUUGCUGUCAAUGAGGUAACAGCUGGUCUACUUGAGUCCACCCUCCACACCGCUUAUCGUCUAGCCACUUGUCGAUCGAUUACUAAUAAUCAACGUGACGUCGUCAGUGGUUUCCUUGUUGCUCUGGUUGAACACAUCCAACCCUUCUCCAUGACAAGCUUAAUCAGAAAGAUUGCCAAGAAUAUGCGAACUGUAGGCCGUGAGUCUGUUGUGUCACUUCGUGUCUUGACAACAUUCUACCAACGCUUCGGAGCAUACUAUAGUUCGGAAGGCUGGACUGCCGAAUACGCCAGCAGUGGACCAGAUAGUUCGGGUGUAGCUGGAGGUGUGGCAAGCACUGGUGCUGCUUCAAAGCCAACUAGUGGUCAGAGUGCUGGAGGGAGUUCCACCGCAAAGGACCUCAGUGACACCUCUUUUGUCCGUCCAGCAGCUGCUGGAACAACGGCCACUGCUACAGAAGAGGAGAGAAAUCUAACGGCUGAACUCUUCAGUCUAAUUUUCAAUAAUCUCUCCUGCAGGAGAUAUGAUGCUGAGCUAUACGUCUAUGCAUUGCCAUGUCUGACGGCUAUUGGAUGUGCUCUGCCACCGGAUUAUUGUUCCUCGCAUUGGGAUGCCCAGUCAAGAAUUGGAGAGAAUGAUCUUAUUGGAGCUGAUGUGCACCCAGGUGGUCCUGACAGUGCGGCAGAUCUUCGAGGUGCCAACCAACAGCACGAGAGCUUCCGACCAAUGCCUUUGGUCACUUCUACCAUCAAGUUGCCAGCUGCGUUGAGUAUUCUGGUUGAUCAGUUCGCCAAGCAUUGCCACGAUACCUGGGCACAAGAGUUAGUUGAUCAGGGAUAUGUCUACGGAAUGACCUUGGAUGAAACCAGACGCACACAUCCUAACAUCCGGCCCUAUCAUUCACUCUCCCAAAGGGACCAAAUGCGAUAUAUUCAACCAGUAACAGAGACUCUCCGAGCCAUGUUAGCUUUGGGGUGGACAAUCGAUCCCUCUGGGGUUUGUCACGAAGACGACGGUGCUGGGCUUGAAUAUCGCCGAAGGCAAUUCGGUCACAAUCCAGCGGAAAGUCCUCAAACCUAUAUUCCAGCUCCAAAAGAUCUUCAUGGUGUCAAUGUAACUAGAGAACUUAUCGAUUUGGCUGAAAGAUUGGCUGAUAAUGCUCAUCAAAUUUGGGCCAAGCAGAAAUUGGAAGAGCUGGAAGAAAUUGGUGGUGGAGUUCAUCAGCUACUCGUUCCAUAUGAUAUCCUUACUGAUCGUGAGCGUAAACGUUACCGCAGAUUGACUCAUGAAUUGAUUCGCUACCUCCAAUAUUGGGGCUAUCGCCUCUCCUGCAAACCGACCAAUCAGCAACAAGAUAACAAUGCAACACCGGGAUCUCCUCCGACAGCCAAUGCUGCGUCAUCCAAUGCGACUAAACAACUUGUCGGAGAAAGGGGUGAAGGUCAUCCUUCUAGCCGCUUUGCUUAUGGUCUAUUGUCGAAGCUUCUCGACUACGUGGAAGGUGCCAUGUCGACUGUUCGAGAGGACAAGCCGAGUCGCAUGUUUAGCCGAUACCAAAACCUUACGCAGACCAGUGAAGAUAUGAAAUUACUUGUGAAGGUUGUAUUGCCACUUCUUGAGCGAUAUUUUUACACCCGAAAGUCCUACUUCAUCGACCCAUAUUCGGGAGCUUCGAUUGAAGAAAAGAAAAUGGCCACCAUGCUCUUCACCAAACUCUUCACUCUGCUGCGUCUGAAGACAAAGUGCUUCGGUGCUGAUGUCAAUGUCACUGUCUCCUGCCUUAAAUGUCUUAUCGAAUGUCUCGACAUUAAGGCCAUCGUGAAGAUCAGUUAUGCAGAGGACUUUGUUCGAGUUCGUCUCAUGCCGUUCUUCGCUUUCUGUGCUGAUGACCUCAAUCUGUUGAUCAGAAAUCUUAACUCUGGUCGCUACUCUCACACUAAGGGCACAAUUCGACGUGGAGCUUGCAGUAUUGACUAUGUUCACAUGAUUCUCCUUCCAACUUUGAAAACGAUGUUUGAACACAUCAGCAAGACUGGUGUUGGGGAAGAUUUGCUCCUUGGUCAUCUACAGGUCACAAGCUAUCGAAUCCUGAACGCUCUUUACGUGCUUGGUACGACCAGUCGUAAACAUGCAAUUCGUUAUGAAUUGAUGGAGGAGCUGAAUAGGCAUCGACCAAUGCUGGGCAAAUGUUUGGCUGCUCUGACAACUUGCUUCCCAGUCGCCUUCCUUGAGCCCGAAUUGAGCUCCCAUAAUCCCAGAUCGAUUGCCUACAACACCGAGGAGGCGGACUACUCUUUCGAAGCGCGAGACCUACUUCAAAAGAUCGGCAAGACACUACCCUUUUUGCACGAAAUCAUCGAUGACAUUGUGCGUCUCGCUGAAUCAGGAUCAAACUGUGUUGAUGAGCCCCAUCUCAUCGAAGUCACUCUUCCCAUGCUGUGCUCCUACCUUCCAGUCUGGUGGCGAAAGAAUCUGGCUCAGAGGCGCUAUGCUCGUCGUCAUCCAGGCUCCAAAGCAGCCUCCUUCUUCCCAGAUAACGAGGAAUUCCUCGCCGCUUUAGAAGUCAUAGAAGGAGAUGAACUCGAUACAAUUGCUGUAACCGGAGGUGCGGACGUAGAAGGUGGAGAAGGUGGGGGUGAAAAUGAUGACGAUGAUGAGGAGAAAGGAUGGGGAGCAGCCACCGGUCCAAUCACCACUGUAACUGCUGAUUUGAUGAACACAGUUCUGGGCUCGGUGUUGCACCUCAUUCAGAAUAACAUUGACAAUUGUAAUGCCACUUGGAUGACUAGAAUUGCAACUCGAACGCAGCCUAUUGUUGGCAAUGCCACUGUUGACAUGCUUGGCAAAUACUUCCUGCCAGUCUCAGAACGUCUCCUAGAACAGGCUUUCGCCGUACAGCACAUGGAGAGGCGAUUGGGUAAUGAAGGCGAUAAAGGCAGGGAGCUCACAGCCGCGUGUGAGUUGCUGGUACGCAACAUGUUUGCCCUCUACCCACUCCUCAUCACCUUUGUCGAUCGAUAUCGUACAGAAUGGCUCAAACAGCCAACCAUGGAAACUGACCGCUUGUUCAACGCUGUUGCUAACUUAUUCCUCAUUUGGAAUGGAUCUCCGACCUUCAAACGUGAGGAGGAAACUUUCGUCGGUAUUCAUGAAUUGGAUACACUGGCCUUAAUUAUGCCAAGUUCUGACCGUGGCACGUUUUCUGCUGAUAUGGGCUCCAGGUCUCAUGCUGCAAGAUCUGGUCUCUGCGUUCUUGGUGGAAGACAACAAGAAUUGGUUCAACGCGCCAAACGAAUGUUCUUAAAGCAUGAAGUUGAGGCGGAUAUUGCGGAUUAUCUGCGCUACGCAUUGGACAAAGAUGAUGACUCGGAAGCCAAAGUCUAUCGUUGGCAGAAGUUAUUAUACCAGAAAAUCGAUAGAACUAUCGCGUUAACUGAUUGUCAUGCAGCUCUUAACAUUCCUACAAAGGAGGAGGUGAUCAAUCGUAUCAUGACCUUAGCCAAGGUCAUGCAUGCUCUCUACCUAGUCGGCCAUGUUGCGCCAGCAACUCUUAAUCUAGGCGCAUGGAAAAAGCUCGUUUCAACUCAGCGUAAACGCGCCGUAAUGGCCUGCUUCCGAAUGCAGCCCUUCUACGCUCUUCCACGACAUCGGGCAAUCAAUUUCUUCCUCAUGGCCUAUCAUGAUGGCUGGCUAAGUUACGAGCAAUCGUUGGGGGUGCAAUUGAUUGAAGAAAUCACUGGCGCUCCCUUCGAGGAAAAUGCUAUUCUAAAUGCUUCAACUAUGGCUUCGGUUGCACCGAUUGCUGGAAUGCUGCCUUCAAGUCCUUCUGAUAACGCUCCUGGUGGUUCUUCUGAUGGUUCUGGUGGUCAAGGCGAGUUGGGCAACGUUUGUGCCGGUGGAGAAACUGAAGCGAUGGCCAGUAUUGCUAGAGCAAUCAUGGAGGCCUCGAUCGCCUCCACACGAAUGAAUGGAAAUACUUCACUCUGGAGUCAACUCAAUUUCCUGAUUGUAGAUAACGUCUCGCAACUUGGUGCUGAAGGUGCCGGUGCUACUACUACUACCUCGGCAAUAAGCGCUACAACAGCUGCUUUGAGUAAUGAACAGUCAAGUGGAGGGAAGAACGCCGGUGGACAUGCCGAUAGCUCUGGUCGUCCAGUGUUUGCGACCGAUUACUGCGCUACUCCAGAUCCUCUGCGACAGUUACUUACUGCUCUCUGUCGGACGGCUAUGGACCAAGCGCCUGAUGAUCCAUUGUACUUGGCUUUCGCACAAAUUAUGGCCAAGAGCUGCUCUGGAACUGACGAUGACGACGAUAAUGGUGGAAACGGUGGAGGUGGAAACGGAGAUGAUAAGAGCAAAGAAGAGGAGGAGGAAGAAGGUCCAUCUUCCCAGGAACAGGAGGAACAAAAGCAACGUCUGCUCUUCGAACAGAAUCGUCUGGCUGAACGCGGUGCGGCUGAGAUGGUUCUCCUCCAGUUAGCCGCUUCAAAAGGAGAAGCAACACCAGUUGCUAUGGCAUCAGUAGAACUUGGAAUUGCAAUUCUUCUUGAGGGCAAUGUUGCAGUACAAAACCGGAUGUUGGCAUAUCUUGCAGAAAAGCGGUUGACAGGUUUCUUCACCAGCUUGGCUGGUCUCAUGCAGAACUGCUCUGUUCUGGAUCUCGAUACAUUCGAAAGAUGCCGGAAGGCAGAAGGUUUGGCUGUUGGUCUAUCUGACAUGGAGGGAAUUACAAAUCUUUACGAUGCCGAUUUCACAUGCAAGGUAUUCCGUCUUCUACAGCUCAUGUGCGAAGGUCAUAACGCUGCUUUCCAAGACUAUCUUCGAACCCAAUCAAGCAAUACCACAUCUGUGAAUUUGAUUAUUUGUACUGUGGAUUACCUUUUGCGCUUACAGGAAUCAAUCAUGGAUUUUUACUGGCAUUUCUCCAACAAACCUGUUAUCGAUGAAUCAGGUAGAACUAACUUCAUCAAGGCCAUCAAGAUCGGAAAGCAACUAUUUAGAACUCUAACUGAAUAUAUUCAAGGCCCAUGCCAGGGAAAUCAGCACGCAUUGGCUAACAGUCGUCUGUGGGAUGCUAUAUCGGGGUUCUUUUAUCUCUUCGCCCACAUGCAAGAUAAGUUGAGCAAAGAUCCUGAACAACUUGAUCUCCUCCACGAAUUCCUUAAUCUCCAGACAGAGAUGAUGAUUAUGCUGCUGUCAAUGUUGGAAGGCAAUGUUGUCAAUGGAUCAAUUGGUCGUCAAAUGGUGGACACACUGGCUGAAUCUUCUGCAAACGUUGAGCUCACUCUGACAUUCUUUGACAUCUUCUUGAGAAUGAAAGAAAUUACUAACUCUGAUGCAUUCCUGGCAUUUGAUGUAAACAGAGAUGGCUGGAUUUCUCAUCGUGAAUUUCGAACCGCUUUGGAGCAGCAAAAAUCACUUACCGAUGACGAGAUCAACUAUAUUAUGGGCUGCGUCGAUGCUAAUUCGGACGGUAAAAUCGACUUCCAAGAAUUCACUGAAAGAUUCUAUAAUCCAGCACGUGAUAUCGUUGCAAUCUAUUUAAGUGCUUCAUAUUCCACUUACACUAGGGGUCUGAGAGCUGGUGGCGGCAUAGGUGACGAAAUAGAACCUCCUGACGGUGACAUCCACGAAGCUCUUCGAAUUAUCUUCGAUAUGAUAUUCUUCUUCUUUGUCAUCAUUAUUCUCCUUGCUAUCAUUCAAGGUUGGUCGUAUUCAUCACCUACUGAAAUGGAAACUUAUGUCUGGGAGUUGUACCAGCAACGUUGUUUGGAUUUCUUCCCAAUUGGAAAUUGUUUCCGCAAGCAAUACAAAGAGGAACUUCAAGCAAAAUAG